AUAAUAUUUCUGAUCUUCAGAAACAGCUCAUGAUACUCAAAACUCAUCACUGCAAUGAGGCUUCUUGUAAUUCUCCCAGUUCUGUCUCUUCUUGUUCUCUUCUUCUCUUACCAUGCAGGGGCUUAUGAUCCUUUGGAUCCAAAUGGAAAUAUAACGAUCAAAUGGGAUGUCAUGUCUUGGACCCCUGAUGGGUAUGUGGCAACGGUGACAAUGCACAACUUCCAAAUGUACCGUCACAUAAUGAACCCAGGCUGGACGUUAGCGUGGUCAUGGGCGAAGAAGGAAGUGAUUUGGUCCAUGGUGGGGGCUCAGACGACAGAGCAAGGAGACUGUUCCAAGUUCAAAGGAAACGUCCCUCAUUGCUGCAAGAAGACCCCCACAGUGGUGGACCUGCUUCCUGGGGUACCCUACAACCAGCAAUUCACUAACUGCUGUAAAGGUGGGGUCGUCCCAGCGUGGGGCCAGGACCCUGCUGGGGCCCUCUCUUCUUUCCAGAUCAGCGUUGGACAGGCUGGCACCUCUAAUAAGACUGUCAAGCUUCCUAAGAACUUCACUCUCCUUGCUCCUGGUCCUGGUUACACUUGUGGCCCUGCUAAGGUUGUUCCUUCCACUGUGUUUCUUACUCCUGACAAGCGUCGCAAGACCCAAGCACUCAUGACAUGGAAUGUAACCUGCACUUACUCACAAUUCCUGGCGAGAAAGAACCCCAGUUGUUGUGUGUCUUUGUCAUCAUUUUACAACGAAACGAUCACGCCAUGUACAGCCUGUGCUUGUGGCUGUCAGAACAAGAAGAACUGUGUCAAGAGUGACUCCAAGUUUCGAAACGAUAAAGGGGUUCACACUCAAAAGAAAGACAAUGACCAGUUGUUACAGUGCACUCAUCACAUGUGCCCUAUCAGAGUACAUUGGCACGUGAAGCUAAACUAUAAAGACUAUUGGCGAGUCAAGAUCGCCAUAACAAAUUUCAAUUACAAGAUGAAUUAUUCACUUUGGACUCUCGCUGUGCAGCAUCCAAAUCUCAACAAUGUCACACAGGUCUUCAGCUUCGAUUACAAGCCCCUCGUUCCCUACAAGUCUGUCAAUGAUACAGCUAUGUUCUAUGGCAUGAAGUAUUAUAAUGAUCUGUUAAUGGAAGCUGGGCCAUCCGGGAAUGUUCAAUCUGAAGUGCUCAUGAGGAAAAACAAGAAAACUUUCACCCUCAAGCAGGGUUGGGCAUUCCCUCACAAGGUUUACUUCAAUGGUGAUGAGUGCAUGUUGCCACCACCUGAUACUUACCCGUUUCUUCCUAAUUCUGCUAAUUCUCUCAAAAACCUCCUCACCUUCUCACUGUUCAUCUUGUCAUUCUUGUUCUUCUUAUUUGUCUGAUGAAUUUUUGUACAUGUUUGGCGAAAAUUUCAAGUCAAGAAUGAAUUUCUUGACUUUGAUAUACUAAAAAGUGCACUUUACUUGGUUUGGAUGGAGAGAAAGGUAAAAAGUGAGAAGAAAAUAGAUGUGAGAGAAAACUAAGAGGAGAAAUUUCUAAAAAUAGUAAUUUUUUUUAUUACUUUUACGAAUUUAUAUACGUCCUUAUGUGUAAAAGAGUGCUUAUAUAUAUAUAUAGAAGAAGAUGAUGAUAAUGCAAUAACAGGUGGAAAAAAUUUUGAGUUCCUUGAGAAGGAUUGAACCAGAAUCAUGCUUAUGUAUGCAUUUGGUGAUGUAUAAAAAGCUUAAAAAAAAUGCUGUGCGUAUAUAUAUAGCUCACUAUGUAAAGGAUUGUCGGUCUCAUGACUUGCUGUUUUUGCAAUGAGAUGAUAAAUUCAAUCUCUUUUUUCUUGAUA